CGAAAAUCUUUAAAUCCUAAUCUAGGCUUCGAAAGUUUUCCAAAUGAAACGGCCGACGAUAGGCUCAGUUCAGCACCCGAAGCCAAGCCGAAAGGCAUGAGACGCCUUUCGCAGAUACGACGAAGACGCAGUUCCUAUUAUUUUUCAGAAAAUGAACGCAGAAUACGUGCUAAUGAUAGAGAAUUCAAUGCUCAGUUCAAAUAUGCUGAUAACUACAUUAAAACGUCCAAGUACACGUUAGUGACUUUUUUGCCUUUUAACCUUUUGGAACAAUUUCAACGUCUUGCCAACUUCUAUUUCCUAUGUUUGUUAGUGCUGCAGCUGAUACCCGCCAUAUCAUCUUUAACGCCAGUGACAACAGCAAUUCCCUUAAUCGGUGUACUUACUCUGACGGCAGUUAAAGAUGCCUAUGAUGACAUACAACGUCAUACGUCAGAUUCUCAGGUGAAUAAUCGUAAAUCGAAAGCUUUAAGAAAUGGAAAAUUGAUGGAAGAAAAAUGGUCCGAUGUUCAGGUGGGCGAUGUGAUACGUUUAGAUAAUAAUCAGUUCGUGGCAGCCGAUAUUUUAUUACUAAGUACCUCAGAACCGAAUGGUUUGUGUUUUAUCGAAACUGCCGAAUUGGAUGGCGAAACGAAUCUGAAAUGUAAGCAAUGCCUUACAGAAACCAUUGAAUUGGGUCAACGUCAUGAUCUGUUGUGGAAUUUCAAUGGCGAGAUUAUAUGCGAGAAGCCAAAUAAUCUCUUAAAUAAAUUUGAAGGCACCCUGAUUUGGCGGAAUCAAAGAUUUGCUUUAGAUAAUGAAAAAAUUCUAUUAAGAGGCUGUGUACUGCGUAACACGCAAUGGUGUUAUGGUAUGGUAAUCUUUGCCGGCAAAGAUACCAAAUUAAUGCAAAAUUCGGGUAAAACACAAUUCAAGAGUACCGGCGUGGAUAGACUGUUAAAUUUUAUCAUAAUUGGGAUCGUUUUAUUUUUGUUAUCGAUUUGCGCAUUCUUUACCAUUGCCUGUGCUUUAUGGGAAGGAGUGAUCGGUCAAUAUUUUCAGGUUUAUUUACCCUGGGAGAAUAUAAUACCAAAAAAUGUAAUGCAAGGUGCUACAGUGAUAGGCUUUCUAGUUUUCUUUUCUUAUGCUAUUGUGUUGAAUACUGUUGUGCCAAUAUCACUCUACGUUUCAGUAGAGGUUAUACGUUUCGUUCAAUCCUUCUUGAUUAACUGGGAUGAGGAAAUGUACUACGAACCCACAAAAACACAUGCCAAAGCUCGUACCACUACAUUAAAUGAAGAACUUGGCCAAAUUCAAUAUAUAUUCUCGGAUAAGACCGGUACUUUAACUCAAAAUAUUAUGACAUUUAAUAAAUGCAGUAUUAAUGGUCGUACCUAUGGCGAUGUUAUUGAUUUGCGUACCGGUGAGGUUAUCGAGAUAACUGAUACUUUAGAGCGUGUGGAUUUUUCAGCGAAUCCCGAGUUUGAACCGGAAUUCCGUUGGUAUGAUAAGACUCUCUUGGAUGCGGUGCGUUCCGAUGAAAAAAAUUCGCAUAAUUUUUUUCGCUUAUUGGCCUUAUGCCAUACGGUAAUGCCAGAGUAUGUAGAUGGACGCUUAGAAUAUCAGGCUCAAAGUCCCGAUGAGUCAGCUUUGGUAUCAGCGGCGAGAAAUUUUGGUUUUGUUUUCCGUUCUCGAACACCAAACAGUAUUACUAUUGAAGUGAUGGGUAGAACAGAGGAAUAUGAACUGUUGCACAUUUUGGAUUUUAAUAAUGUACGAAAACGAAUGUCGGUGAUAUUACGGCAAGCUGAUCGCAUUAUAUUAUAUUGUAAGGGUGCUGACAGUGUGAUUUACGAUAGGUUAAGUUCUAGUCAAACUGAAGUAAAGUCACGUACUCAGGACCAUUUGAACAAAUUCGCUGGCGAAGGUUUACGAACGUUAGUUUUGGCGGAAAGAAUUUUAACAUUAGAAUUCUACGAGUCAUGGUGUGGACGGCACUUCGAAGUCUCGACAUCGCUCGACAACCGUGAAGAAAAACUGAAUGCCCUUUAUGAAGAAGUGGAAAGCGAGCUGGCAUUAAUUGGUGUGACUGCCAUUGAAGACAAACUGCAAGAUGGCGUACCUCAAACUAUAGCUAAUCUGCAAAUGGCUGGCAUUAAAAUAUGGGUUCUCACCGGCGAUAAGCAAGAGACCGCCAUUAAUAUUGGUUAUUCAUGUCAAUUACUUACCGACGAUUUGGCCGAUGUUUUUAUUGUUGAUGGUACUACCCUGUAUGAGGUCGACUUGCAAUUAAAGCACUUCAGAGAAUCGAUACGAAUAGUUAAUCGUUUCAGGCCAUCACAUUACGACCGUCCAUCGCUUAGUUUGAAUGGAACUAGAUAUAGUUCGGAAGGUCCGUCUUUGCUGUCUACAUCACCGCCGGCAGUUUCAGUUGUUACCUUUAGGUGGGCUGAUGAUGACACUAAUAAACGUAAUAAGGGCGAACCAGACAGUGCUGAAACCAGUGAAUUGUAUGAUAAUUUGGAGAAAGGCGGCAGUGCAACACGCGAUCAUGUCAUAAUUGAUGAUCAUACCGGCUUUGCUAUAGUCAUUAAUGGUCAUUCAUUGGUGCACUGUCUGUCACCUGAACUGGAAGCAAGGUUUCUAGAUAUAGCUUCACAGUGUAGAGCGGUGAUAUGUUGUCGCGUUACGCCGCUGCAGAAGGCUUUGGUUGUGGAAUUAAUUAAACGUGCCAAGAAUGCGGUCACCUUAGCUAUAGGUGAUGGUGCCAAUGAUGUUUCUAUGAUAAAAGCUGCCCAUAUUGGCGUAGGCAUAUCCGGCCAGGAAGGUUUGCAGGCGGUCUUGGCAAGCGAUUAUUCGAUAGCGCAAUUUCGUUAUUUGGAAAGGUUGCUAUUGGUGCAUGGUCGUUGGUCUUACUAUCGCAUGUGCAAAUUCCUGCGUUAUUUUUUCUAUAAAAACUUUGCAUUUACUUUGUGUCAUUGCUGGUAUUCAGUGUUUUGUGGCUUUAGCGCACAGACUGUCUUUGAUCCCAUGUUUAUUUCGGUUUAUAAUUUAUUUUACACAUCUUUGCCGGUCUUGGCACUGGGCGUUUUCGAGCAAGAUGUCUCCGACAAGCAUAGUUUGGAGUUCCCUAAACUCUAUACGCCUGGCUUAAAAAAUCAAUUAUUCAACAUAAAAGAGUUUGUGUACAGUGUAUUGCAUGGUGCUUUUAGUUCUUUAAUAUUAUUUUUAAUACCUUAUGGUACUUAUCACAAAGGCGUCUCGCCGAAUGGUUUAAUUUUAAGUGAUCACAUGACAUUGGGGGCAGUUGUAGCCACCAUACUAAUUAUUGAUAAUACAGCACAGAUAGCUUUAUAUACCUCGUAUUGGACAAUUUUUAAUCAUAUAACCAUUUGGGGAAGUUUAAUUUGGUAUUUCGUUUUGGAUUAUUUCUAUAAUUAUGUAGUAGGCGGGCCUUAUGUCGGCUCGCUUUCUAUGGCUAUGAAGGAUCUCACAUUUUGGGCUACCAUGUUUAUAACGGUAGUAGUGAUAAUGAUACCAGUGUUGGCCUAUAAAUUCUAUCUCAUUGAUAAACACCCGAGUCUAGCUGAUAAGAUACGCAUGAAGAGACGUCUGGCCAGUUUAAAAUCAAGGCAUACCAGUAGCGUUAUGAGAGCGCCUUCAUCCCGUCGUUCGAGAAGAUCAUUACGUUCGGGUUACGCUUUUGCCCAUCAGGAAGGUUUCGGUCGUCUUAUCACAUCUGGUAAAAUUAUGCGUAAACUGCCACAAGAUUUUGCUUUCCCUUUGGGUUUGGGCGGUAAAAAGCCAACAACAUCAUCGUCCGUUGGUCAAACACUUGAUAACAACAAAACCAAUAACAAUAAUAGUACACGUGAUAAUAAUAAGAAUUCGCCUGAUGGAGAAUACGGUGCCACUGGUGAUGGUCUUAAUCAAGCGAAAUCUUUAACGGACGAGGAAGAAAGAAGUCCCCGCGCUCCAUGCCAAGACUUAGACACUAUAAAUCUUUAAAAUCACAAAAUAAUACCAACAAUCGAAACCCUACAAUAACAACAACUACUUCAAUGUUAAAAAUAAAACCAAAAAUAUUUAAGUUACAAAAUUGAACAGAAAAGAGAAGACAUUAGAAAAUAUAGCGCUAAACAUGUUAGACUUGAAUUACGUUUAGUUAUUUAGUUAUUUAGGACUACAAACAAACAAACAAACAAACAUAGAUGAAAACACUUUCCACAAAAACAAGAC